AUGACCGCACAACGGAGCUUGAGUGUGUCGGCGGCAUCGUCGACAUGGCAACCAUCGGCUUCUGUCGCCGAUAAAGUCUUGAAGAGAGCAGAAGUGAGCAAGAUUGCCCGAAGACUACAAAACCGGCUAGCCCUUGCACAAUUCAAGACGAAGCAUGGCUGGGAGGAUCUCACACUGGAUACUAUUGAACCAAAAGUUGAGGAGGAGCGCAGGCGGAGGCGGUUGAUCGAGGGAGAUGUGCUUUCCGACUCAUCCAGCAGCACAUCCGAUGUGUACCCCACCCGAGCGCUCAUGAGCUCCCCUCUCAAGGCGCCGGGCCCUAUGUUCUCUGACAGCAUCGGACCUAGCACAGGUCACCGUAAACGAACAUACGUGGGCUCACUCGAGACCAUUGAUGACCUGAGCCCCAGCAAGCGAUAUCGCCUUUCUCCCUCUGCCCACAAGUCUUUCCCUUCCGGCCACGCAACGUGGAAAGACAUGCACCAACUCGCGCAGUCCUCGCCCAUCAAGCCGAGGCGGCAGCAGCACUUUACGACGCAGGCGGGGCCCAACGUAUCGUUCCUAACUUCGCCUGCUUUCCACAUACAGUCGGAUGAUGAGGAUGACAUGCUCCCCAUUCACUCAUUUAACGCUGGCCCACGCUCGUCACCUCCUCGCACACCGCCGAUGCGAAGCCGCACUUUAAAUGGCCGGCGCACUAGGGAUAGGCCCAAUGGGCAGGAUGCCGAACAACCUGGCAAGACCGGUGAAGAGGGCGCAGACCUUUACUUUACCUCGCCGCAUCGCCUUCUCCAGCAAUUGGCUCUCGAAGAAAUAUGGAACCUCCUUCAACCCCGCCUCCCAAGAAUAGCCUGGCUUUGCCAUCCUCCAUGA